GUUUACCACAAAUACACAGCGAUACUGACCAAUUGACAAUUUUCAAGCUUCAGUGCUCUCGAUUUCCUCAACCAGUCACUCCUUCAAACAUCCGUUGAACACGAAAUCGCAGUGCUUCCAGAAUGAAUUUCUUGUCACUCCUUUACACCUGUUUGGCUCUUUCCGCUACCCAAGCCGAGGCCCUUCCUGUUGCUGGGUUUUUCAACCUCGGCAAGAGAUACGACAACUCUUCCACCCCUCUGACCACCUACACCACUGUUUCAGCUGGCUCGACAGUGACCAUCGUGGAACCUUGCACUCUUUGCCUGGCAGGCACGUCCAGCAGCGCCUCCUCGUCUGUGGCCACCACUUCCUCCUACAAUGCUAUCAGAGUGGCUAGCAGCUCUAGCUACGCUGCACCAACCGAGUACACCACUUACACUACCGUCAGCGAGGGUGUCACCAUCACUGUCACCGUGCCAUGCUCCAGCUCCAGCUCCAGCUCGAGCGCUGCUGCUGUCACAUCCUCUGCUUCCGCUCCGGUCAGCGUUUCAUCCAAGCCAACCGAAGACGUUGUGACCUCCACUUACGAGUCCAACGGUAAGGAAAUCACCACCACCUCGACCAGAACUUCCACAGUUUUCGUGACCGUCACAGAAAGCGGCUCGUCUACCUCCAGCCCCGAGGCCUCUCCUUCGUCGGUCGCCGCCCAGGCAACCACCGUGGUCGAGACCGCCUCCAGCAGCUCAUCUGCCUCCACGUCGAAAACCUCUGCACCGGCUGCACCGGCUGCCACCGUUACUCCUACUACCGUCACUGUCACGGAAACGGUCACCACCGGCUGCGGCGCAUCGCCAAGUGUUUCCUCGGACUCGACUCUGACGAGCACCGUGUACUUGACGUCCACUUUGACCCUGUCCGUCACUGCCACCAUCCCUAUCACCAACUCUGCCGGCUCCACCCUGACGGUGCUGACCACCGAGUCGUGCUUUGAAACGGCCGUCUCGACGUCCUACGUGACUACCUACGUCACUGACUACAUUACUUCGAGCGCCUCCCUGACGUCCUCGAGCUCGAGCUACUCUGCUCCCGCCGUUUACUCCAACACCACCACCUCGUCGGCACGCUCCUCGUAUGUCCCAUACUACCGGUUGAGCAGCAGCACGUAUGCUAACGCCUCGGACUACGUCUCGACCGCCUCUGAUGAGGUUGCUCUGGAGAAACCCAUGAGCCAGGACCAGCCAAAGUGCCCUGUGGACCACGGUGCUCGCGAAAAGUGGCUUGCUAAGGCCAAACAGAUAGAGCGGGCGAGAAAUACCCCGCCUCAGGAACCAGCGGCGCCGCAGUCGUUCAUCUCGCGGCUGCUGUGGGCGCCAUCUGUCUCAGCACCGAUCGCCCCUUCUCAGAGCACAAAACCGCCUGGACAUCCACAAACCACAAGCCACGUCUCCGAAACAUGUCCCGUCGACCACGAAGCGCGCAAAACGUGGCUUACCGCGGGAAAAACGACGUUUGCUCCGGAGGCCGUGGAGCAAGAUAGAACGUGCUCAUCAGACGACGUGGACUCGCCAAAGCCGAUCGUCGUGGACGUGGACCUCCCUGAAGAGCGCGAGGUUUCAUCCAUCCCAAGGACAGGCGCACAGUCGAACUGGAUAUAUCCGUCGCAGAAACAGUUCUUCAACGCCAUGAGACGCAAAGAUUGGAACCCAGACGCGGGAGACAUGAAAACCAUCGUUCCGAUCCAUAACAUGGUGAACGAGCGGGCGUGGGCGUAUAUCCUGAUGUGGGAACGCGGCCAGGGAGGCGAGAAGUGCGGCGGAGUCCAGCUGACGUCUUUCAAAGGGGACUCGAAGAAGAUUACUCCUCGUGCUCGGAUCCGCAACCUGAUUUUUGGCGCAGACCUGCCGUUCGACAGACACGACUGGAUCAUCGACCGGUGCGGGAAAAGAGUGGACUAUGUGAUCGAUUUCUACAGCACUCCGCCAGCAAAUGAAGGAGACCCGGCAUUUUAUCUGGACGUGCGUCCCAAACUCAACACUCUUGAAGGAUGUCGCCUGAGACUGUUCAAAGCAUUAGGACUCUAGUGCCGUUUGCAUUAGCUAGAUUGACGAUAUAAUAGGUAAUCUGUAUAUACACACGAUUUAUUUAUUUCCUGUUGAGAGUUCCGCUCUUGCCCAGUGACUGCAUGCUCUCGCCCACCUUGACGUUGGCAUCGAAGUACUUGGAAACACAUCUGUCGAUGCACAGGCUCUCGUUCUUGGUCAAAUCUCCUUCGGCGUAGUUUCUGUCAAAACACUUCUUAUGACACGAGUCGACGAGCUGGUUGAACAUGGUGGUGACCAUGUCUAGCUCGGCCUCAGCGGCCUGGAUUUUCUGCUCUGAAGAGAUCUGGGGAGCCC